UCUGCGGGUGUCGAGCGCGAAUUUGUGAAGAUGAAUCCUUUAACUAAAGUGAAGCUGAUCAACGAGCUGAACGAGCGAGAGGUCCAGCUUGGGGUGGCGGAAAAGGUGUCCUGGCACUCCGAGUACAAAGACAGCGCCUGGAUCUUUCUGGGAGGGCUUCCUUAUGAACUGACUGAAGGAGACGUCAUCUGUGUGUUCUCACAAUAUGGGGAGAUUGUUAACAUUAAUCUUGUGCGAGACAAGAAGACUGGGAAAUCCAAAGGGUUUUGUUUCCUCUGCUAUGAAGACCAAAGGAGCACAGUUCUGGCUGUUGACAAUUUUAAUGGGAUCAAGAUAAAAGGAAGAACUAUUCGUGUGGAUCAUGUGUCUAACUAUCGGGCUCCUAAGGACUCAGAAGAAGCAGAUGAUGUGACCAAAGAACUCCAGGAGAAGGGCUGUGGGGCUAACACCCCCUCAUCGAGUUCAUCUGAGAGUUUAGAAGAUGACAAACCCACAAAAAAGCACAAAAAAGAGAAAAAGGAAAAAAAGAAAAGAAAGAAAGACAAAGAGAAGACUGACAGGGAGGUAAAAGCAGAGCAGCCAUCUUCUUCAUCUCUUGGAAGCAAGACAAUAAAAGAAAAGGAUGACCCUGCCCCUAAGAAACACAGCAGUAAGAACUCAGAGAAGGUUCAGAAGUCUGAAUCAAGAGAGGGACAGAAGCACUACCCAUGCUCCCCUGAUGUCAAGACUUCCUGCCAUGUUAGAGCAGAGGGCCCAGAGAGGGAGCUCAAGAAGGAGAAACCCAAGUAUGAGCACAAGCCCUCAAGCAAGAAGGAGGCAAGAGAAGACAAGAAUAGGAAUAGGGAUAGAGGGCGAAGCUCAGACACACAUUCUAGCCGUCACAGUGGGCAUUCUGAAGGGUGGAGUCACAGAAGUAGAAGUAGGAGCCAUGGGCGUUCUGAAAGGUGGCAUCACAGAAGUAGAAGUAGGAGCCAUGGGAAUUCUGAAAGGUGGCAUCAUAGGAGUAGAAGUAGGAGCCGUGGGCGUUCUGAAAGGUGGAGUCACAGGAGUAGAAGUAGGAGCCGUGUGUAUCCUGAAAGGUGGAGUCACAGGAGUAGAAGUAGGAGCCGAGUGUAUCCUGAAAGGUGGAGUCACAGGAGUAGAAGUAGGAGCCGUGGGCAUUCUGGAAGGCGGAGUCAAAAGAGUAGAAGUAGGAGCCAUGGGCAUUCUGGAAGGCGGAGUCACAGAAGUAGAAGUAGUAGUCAAGAUAAAUCCCGUCGACAUAAAAAGGCCCAGCACUCCCGGGAGCGGGAGACUUCCAAUCCCAGUGAGCAUAGGCGAUACUGAAGCCUGUUCCAACUGCCCGGUUAAUUGAAAAUGAAUUGUUUUUAAAAAAUGUAAUCAGAUUCAAUUCUGCUGUUAAUAUUUCCAUAUAUAAAAUCUCUGUGACUGAGUUCUUUUAAUCCCUUCAUAGUAGAUUUGUUAAGAAAGUUGUAAUUUCAACAGCCAGUUAUCCCAAAUUUUUUGGUACUGUCCAUUGUCCCUGGGAAUAUACUUGGUACUUCAUCAGAGUAUGUGCCCUGAAUUUUAGUUCAUAAAUAUUAACCUAUAGACCCCAAUUUGAGGUGAAAUUGCCAGAAAGGGAGAAUACCAGAUAAUUCUAUAAAUGUAUUGUUUGCGGUAGGUAUUUAGAGCCCAGGAAUAUAGGACCACCUCAGUAGCACAUGGAAUUAUAUAAAACUAUAUAUAACUAUUUAGCUAUUGUGAAUUGACUGCUAUAAACA